AUGUCGGAUUCAGAAGAAGUAAUCAAAAGAAAUGAGGAUCAAGAAGAAUUAGAAAUAGAUUUAGAUGCAAAUAUACCGCUUUCUAAAAGGCAACAAAGAUUAUUGAAGAAAGGGAAAUUAAAUCUUGAAAAAUUACAAAAGAAAUCAAUUGCAAAAACAGAAGAUUCAAAUAAAAGAUCACCGUACGGUGUUUGGAUUGGAAAUUUAUCUUUCGAUACAACAAAAGAGGAUCUCAUAAGAUUCAUUAUCAACAAAACUGAUGUCAAAGAGGAGCAACUACUUAGAAUAAAUAUACCUAAGAAGGACAACAAAAUUAAAGGAUUUGCUUACAUCGAUGUUGAAAAUAAUGAACAAGUUGAAAAAUUAGUAGGUUUAUCGGAAGAAAAUCUUAAUGGAAGAAAUUUGUUGAUUAAGAAUAGUACUUCUUUCGAGGGUAGGCCUGAAAAGGUCGAAGGUGAAGGUAAAAAUCCACCUUCUCGUAUUUUAUUCGUUGGUAAUUUAGGUUUUGAUACUUCUGAAGACAAUUUAAGAGAGCAUUUUAAACAUUGUGGAGAUAUAACUAGAAUCCGUAUGGCUACUUUUCAAGAUUCUGGUAAAUGUAAAGGGUUUGCAUUUGUUGAUUUUAAAGAUGAAGAAGGGGCCAAAAACGCAAUAAGUUCUAAAUUAUGUAAAAUUUUAUUAAAUAGAAAACUCAGAAUGGAGUUUGGUGAAGAUAGAUCCAAAAAGAGACCAAAGAAGUUUGAACAAGAGCAAACCAAUACUGAAAUAAAUGAAGUGAAAAUUCCACAACAAAGAGAAAGAGUAAAAGAAGAUACGAUAUCCAACGAUUAUAAUAGAAAGAGACCACAUAAACCACAAUAUGACAAUUCGGCAAAACGUCAAAAAUCUUCAGUUGCAUUAGUUAAUGCUCAAAGAGCAAGUGCUGCCAUAGUCCCAUCAUCAGGUAAAAAGAUCACAUUUGAUUGA